UCCUGAAUUCUGUCGAUCCAUUAAUUAAUUGGUCUUUGUGUCGAAUUAGUUGCAAAAAAAUUCGUGCCUCGCAAGCUGGAAACUGUCAACGGAUAGUCUCCGGGAAAUCCAUACUGGAAGUGAGACAUAUACUGGACCGUGCCAUCCUAACCUGACCUUUGUAGCGAUGGACAUUUGCAUCAUGUGUGAGAGUUAGUUCAAGUGUGUCGAGGAAGAAUUACGUGAUGCCUGGCUGAGCUUUCGUCUACACUAGUACUCUAAUUAGUGCAUUCGUUUCUCCUCUUCACUAGUACGUCACUUGGGGACAAGUCUUGCGGGUUGAUCUUCGCUAAGAGCAUGAGUGCGCUUAUCACCUCUCCAUUGUAAACGAACCUCAAACUCUGUCAAUUUGCAGUUCACUGAUAAAUUUCCAGCAAAUAGCUACAUAAAUAUACAUACCAGGAUACAUACAUAAUUAUACAGUUAUGAUAUUGAAGAGGUCGUUAUAUAUUAUUGAUAAAGAUUUAGCAUUUUAAUUACUCGCACAAUAUCUGUGAUACCCGUGAAGAGCCUGCUUCUCGCGGGUGUUUGAAGGUCCACACGAGUGCCUAAGUAUCCCCUCCGAAGCCUUGCCAGCUGCGCCAGCUGUUCCCAAGCUCCGCCAGCUGCCCCAAAGCUGCAUCAGCCGUUUCCAAGCUGCGCCAGUUCCCCCAAAGCUGCCCCAGCUGUUCCCAAGCUCCGCCAGCGGUUGCCAAGCUCUGCCAGCUGCCCCAAAGCUGCAGCAGCUGUUCCCAAGCUCCGCCAGCUGCCCCAAAGCUGCAGCAGCUGUUGCCAAGCUGCGCCAGCUGCCGCCAGACCAUGGAGGAGUCCUCGUCAGAGCGUCUCUCCCCCAUCUCCGCCUACCUCAAGCUCUCGCGGGAGCCCAUCCGGCGCCACCACUCCCUCAAGUACAUCUUCAACGGGGAGGCUGUGGUCAAACGCCUUCAGGACGGGCUCCCGCACCCCGCCCUCAGUGUCUUCAGGUCUCCCGCACCUCUGCGACAGGACCCGUCACCACUCCCUUACUAGACUGAAGGACAUCACCGCCUCCGUCCUGCCCGCCAGGUCCCGGGAGGUCGCCUUCACCGUUCCCCCGACGGUGUCACCGUUGUCGCCCCGGCGUGGGUUGGGAGAGUCGUCGCCCCUCUUCCCCAGGAGGAUGGGCUCUGGGGACACCACUCCUGUAGGCAGCGCAGCAGGCAGCGAGUAUGGGGGCGACUCCCGCACCACCACCCCCUCCCCGGGACCCUUCAGGGGAUCCUUCUCCGAACCCUCCACCACAGCAGGGGCGACCUGCAGCCUGGGGGCCAUCAACCCAGAGCUAUACAAGACGGACGAGCUGGAGGGCGAGCUGGACCAGUACCCUGAUGACCACAUCGGACGAGUUUGGCUUCAGCUGGAGUACCACACCGACGCCGAGAAGCUCCUCGUCACGCUCAUCAAAGCAAAGAAUCUGCCUAGUCGUCUCAUUGGCUCCAUCAACUCCUGUGAUCCUUACGUCAGACUGUUCCUGAUGCCCGACGAGCGCCGGUACCUACAGACCAAGAUACGGAAGAAGACCUGCAACCCAAGAUUUGACGAGACGUUUGGCUUCCAGAUAACGGCUAAGGAGCUGGAGGAGAGAGCUCUCAAGUUAACCUUCUACGACGUCGAUAGAGACAAGAAGCACCAGGUCAUUGGCCAUGUUCUCUUCCUGCUUAAGGACCUGCACGCGCUGGAGGGGAAGAAGAUGCUGCGGCGGGACCUGGAGCGGGAGGUGAGCCUGAGCCCUCGGGAGCUGGGGCAGGUGGAGCUCUCCCUCUGCUACAACGACAACCUCGAGCGUCUCACCGUCACCGUCGCCGACACCAAGCAGCUCAAGGUCGACAAGGAGCUACAACAGGAGAAGAAUGAGUUUCAAGCUCGAAUAGCCCUCAUGCAGCAGACAAAGAUAACCAAGAGCAAGAAGACCGGGGUUGUGAAGAGCUCCGAUUCGCCUUCCUUCAAUGAGAGUUUCCACUUCAAGGUGGCCCCGGACGCCCUAGACACCACAGCUGUUAGCGUGAUCAUCACCGUGGGCAGGAAGGCAGAUAACGUGGUGGGCCGCGUGCAGCUGGGCUCCUUCAUGUUCUCCAGGGGCAGGGCUCUCGAGCACUGGAACCUCAUGCUCUCUAAGAGUCGUCAGCACGUCAAGCAGUGGCACACUCUCACUUAGGUCUGCUGGUUCUCUUCCGCUCUCUACUGGCUCCCUCUCACUCACCUGCAAAAGCCUUUUAAAAGUGCCAGUGCCUGCCUGGCCAGGGGGUCCAUCUGUGCCGUCCGCCAGGCAGAUCUCGUGGGAUCGUAGCGUCACCAGCGCCCAACGCACAAUAUCAUCCACACCUUCACCUGAUGCCUACGUCUGGGGGGGACUAAUGUACCUUCGUGCCAUUGCCGCUAGUGUUAUUACUGACUAGAAAAUAUUACGAGGCUUAAACUUUGCCAUAUAGAUAUCAUUUUAAGACAAUAAGUGUUUUGCAAGCUUUACAUCACCAGCCGUGUACGACACAGUUCAGCCGUGUUACCCUUCACGGGAUGCUACACCCUUCACUACUCCAACAUUACAGAAAAUGUAUAAAAUAUGAACAUCUGAAUGGGUUACUUUCCCUUAUAUCUUUGUAGCCUUUACGGCAAAAGCUUAUAGACACGGUAACCUAAAAAUGACGGAUAUAACCUUACGUAAUGACUACCACAACCUUACCUAAUGAGUACCACAACCUUACCUAAUGACUACCACAACCUUACCUAAUGACUACCGCAACAAAUAACACAUUAUAAAGUACCAUCCAUACCUAGCCAUAUCCUUCAAUGUAAUUAGCCUCCCUGUAGUUGCCGCUUGCUUGACUUUCAACUAGUAACAGCCAUUCAGACUACCGGGUCUUUAAGCAUUUACACAUACAACAGUUGUGAAAAAAUGCAAUUGUUUAACGCAAUGAAUUUAUGAAAUUAUUAUGAUUGAUGCCUAAAGGGUUUGAAUGCAAAGUCAAAUUUAUUGGGCAUCAUAUAAUUCUCACCUGUUGUUGGCAACACUGAAUUUGUGAUGUGACACGAAUUACGAAACCAUUAACCACCAUGUAUGGCUGUGAAACAUAGGUGUUAAUGGCUGGAUUGUUUCGACCCAUUCUUGGAAAGACUGUACUUCGUACCACUGUUAUUUUGAAUUAGCGUUGGUGCAUGUGAAUGUGUUAUUCAUUUAUACAGUAGGCCUGUAUUUCCCCUAGGUGGUGCUAUUGUUUGCUAAAGAAACAUUUAUAACUAAUCUGUUCUCAUAGAACAGACUAGAUUUCUAUAUACGGAGCCGAAAAGACCACACUGAAUGUUCUAUUCUUUUAAAAUAAUUUGUUCACGUCACUAACUAGCUUUGCAUUCUACCAUGAAAAAAUAAAAGAGGCGGUGCAGGGUCGGUCACACCGCUGGGCAGGAGAUGGCAAUAUUAGGCGUUAAGAGAAAGACUCCUAAAGUGUUAGAAUUUGAAGGAUAUUAAGAUAACAACUUCACUGUUUAAUGAACGUGAAUAGUUUUCCCAACUCUUGCCUCAAUACACGAGUUCUUUCUAACAAUCAACGAAAAAUCCUCGUUGAUAUUGGAGAACAGUUGUUGUCUCCUGGCCUCAGAGAAUUGGUCGACUUUAACGGACACCACCACCAUGCCCAUCCCGAAGAAAUUUCUGUUAUAGUUUGUCGUCGUAAUUAAUUUCUCAAAACUGUAGGUAAUUUUCCACGGCUACAAAGAUUUCUCAUUAGUGUACUGCAAAUUUGAGUUGUGUAGUGCUAGACAAUAUUUCAAUUAAAGUGAGAUGUGAUCACAAUGUCUUUUUACUAGGCUUCUUUGUGGUAUGUCACCGAGUCGGUUACAGUUCAUCAUCCCGCGUCUCUAGACGUGCUGCACACCAAGUGUUUACACCAAGCAAUGUUUGCAUGCACUCAUAAUUAUUUACAUCACAUACAAAUAAAUGUUCAUUAUCCCCCUUGCCAGGCUCCCAUAGAUAUUAACACCACAGCUAUCCAUUGUUAUUUACAUCACAGGAAAACGUUCGUAAGCUCACUAUCUAUAUGUUCACAAAUAAUUCUGAGGCACUUACUCCUCGUUCACCACCAGUUCUUUGGUUCACUUGAAGAAAAAAUUUCCUCAAUUACCGCGCUGCGGUGAUUCAUAACGCCUUUCUGAAGCAUACAGAUUCACGCACCUACAACAACUCCCACUCCUGUUACCUCAGUAACAACAAGUUAUAUGUCCCUCAGCACCAGGUCACUAUUACGAAGGUCCAAAGCCACCAACCACGUCGUUCCGCGGUCUUAAUAUCAAUUUAUUCUUCUUCUUCUCAGUAUGCGACUUAACUACUGCAGACCUGACGAUGGCUCUCAACAGUCCCAGAUAGCAAAAGGACACUUAAAUAAUCGCUCUAGCAAACCAUUAACUUUAUUUGAGUGUCCUUGGUGGUUUACAAUCAUCCUCAAGACCGUACUAACUAUAGUGAUGGUCUUAAUGGGUCUUUUUCGUUUACAAACUCGACUCCUGCUGGAUUCCGACCUAUCACAGUCUCCCUACUGUUGUGUCGUCACCUCGCUUACGGUAUUCACGGUUGUGAUUGGUCGACUUGACCUAAUUAAAUGGUCUUUCUUAACGGCACGUAAGCAUUGUUUUUGUCUCCAUAGAGUAAAGUCAUUCUCGCGAAAAACAUCCUCAUUAACACUGGCGUGACAAUUUAAAAAACAACUGCCAACAAUAAUGUUUCUAUAAUUGUAAUGGAGACACGUAAUCAUACAAAUCUAAGUCAUUACAUCAGGAGAGCAGCGUGUGUAACAAGUGUACAGCUGUCGAAUUACAGAGAACUGGCUUGGUGUUGAUAUAAAGCUCCGGAGGAUAAUAAAGGCCACCACAAUAACUUACUGAUCUACCAGCAAGUAUACUUCAUUCCUGAACAUAAUUGACCACUAAAGUAAACUUUCAGCAUAUAUAUAUACCCAGAAGAGGGAUAAACCAAAUGGUGUACAUAGAAUAUAUAUCUUCACGAGGACUGGAAAAUGCAGCAAAGCACCAUUUCAUUUACCCUAAGUAUUUCUUUCUCUAAUUUCCAAGAGAUUAAGAAAACAUGACAAAAGGGAGUAAUUUUGUAUGCAAAUUUCUAACACUGAGAUCAAUAUCAGAAUUAAUUUAGUAUAAAAUUCAGUAUUUUCUAGGCAGUGUAAUGAAAUUCAUUUCAUAUAUUGGUUUUUGUCGUUUCCAUAUUAUUAACUCCAAUUUGCAACGAACAAACUCAGAAAAUAAAUAAUUCUCGAACAUUUAAACAAAUUGGUUUGAGGCGUGAUGGUAUGGAAAGAAUGGCGCAGCCUAGCGGUUAAGAUUAGUACACCCUGCCACAGUACGUCACCGCCGUCACUAGCCUAGUCUCCCACCGCCACACCUGGCUAACAUACACCAUAUUAUGUGAGAGUAUUAGUGUAAGGAUACUUUUGACCACCGGAACCUGCCUUUAACCGCGGUAGCUGUUAGUCAUAUGUGUACGUGUAGUUUAUAACUGCAAGGUUAUAUGUGUAUGUGUAAUUUAUAACUGCAAGUUCAUAUGUGUACGUGUAAUUUAUAACUGCAAGAUCAUGUGUAUACAUACGUGUAUUUUUAUGGAUGUUCAAAUUUCCGGAGACAAUUGCUAUAUUUUCAUUUUAAAAUGUAUUAGGUGUUUAGUGUUUAUACAUUUGUAGGGAAUUAUUAACCAAUAUUUCUGUAUUAGUAACACUUAUCUUCCUACAGUUCUGGCAAAAUCGUAAUAUAAAUUAAAUGUACUGCAUUUGUGAGCUGCACCCCGAGGUCCCCUUGGGUUGUGAGGCCCACUACGCCACAGAGUUCCGUAUCCCUCUUGGUCUGUGAGGCUCGCUACCCCCAUAAGGUAGAGGACCUCGGGUCCCACCUGGCUGGUGUAGAUAUAAUAUUAUCGCAUUUGGUGACGGUAUCUUGGUGUGCGUUGCUGCUCAUCAGCCUGGGCUCCAGAGCCUGGGAACCUACAUCCUGGGCUCCAGAGCCUGGGAACCUACAGCCUGGGCUCCAGAGCCUGGGAACCUGCAGCCUAGGAACCCCAUCCUGGGAUCCUUUAGCCUGGGGGAGCCCAUGCUGAGGACCGUCAGCCCGGGCACCCAUCUUGGAAACAUCAAGCCUAGGGACCCCCCAUUCAGGGGGGGCCGCCAGCGUGUCGUUACACAUGCAGUCAACGUUAUGCUAGCCCAUUUAUAUAUUUAAUGUCAUGACAUGUAACUAUGUUACUGAAAGAUAUAACAAUAAAAUGUCUGGAAGUUGAUUGAAAAACCAUUUAGAUAUCAUUGCUAUAACUGCAAUGUUAUAUCAUACAGUACUGUAUUAAUAUAGAAUAUAUAUAUAUAUAUAUAUAUAUAUAUAUAUAUAUAUAUAUAUAUAUAUAUAUAUAUAUAUAUAUAUAUAUAUAUAUAUAUUAGUCAACAAACUUACUAUCCAUUGUGUACGCUUCAGAAAAAUGGAAAUAUGUGUCUUAUAGAUUAUAUUAAAAUAAAGAGUUGUUGCUGUGUGUUAAUAAGGUCUGCUUCAUCGAUCACACGCAAGCUUUGCAGACAAGAAAGUAAACGUUUCGUGCCUACACACAAUUUUUGGUAAAGGUUAGCUAGCUUGAAUUUUGAGUAGAACAAAACUAGAAAGUUGAUUAUCGUUAGGCAGAACAAGACGUGCCUCGGCGCCACCUCUGGCUGGAUGACUGACAGCUAAAGCAGUGUUAAGAAAGACUUCGCAUGAGCGGUGCCGGGCUGGGAAUCCUGGCUGAAACCACUGCCAGCCCGGCCCUACUCUGCCCUGUCCUGCCUUAUCCUGCUCUGCCCUGCCUUAUCCUGCUCUGCCCUGUCCUACCUUAUCCUGCUCUGCCCUGUCCUGCCUUGUCCUGCUCUGUCUUGCCUUAUCCUGCUCUGCCCUGCCCUGUCCUCUCCUGCCUUGUCCUGUUCUCUCCUGCUUUGUCCUGUUCUCUCCUGUCCUGCCCUGCCCAACCCUGCCCGGUUCUGUCUUUUCUUGCCCUACUCAACCGCGCCCUGUCCUGACCUUCACUAUCCUACCCCCGUCUCUUGAUCAUCCCAAAAGGGGGGUAGAAAUAGCCUAAGUUACUCUAUCCCUUUGAGAUGUAUUUAUUGCUUAUCUCAAUAAACAUACUUGAACUUGACCAUCCCUACCCAACCCUGCCUUGUGACUUCUGUCACAAAGGCGGCUCAUGCUGGCGUUGUUCGACAAUUGCACUAGUUGUCCCUACCUUCAUGUUUUCUUUGUGGGCGUAUUGCUCUUGUUUAUGUAAUAAUAUGUAUACAUACGGAUAUAUAUAUAUAAAUACAAUAUAUGUUUAUGUA